AUGCCUCAUUUUAUUUCCACUCCUCCGCCUGGCCCCAGUGCUAACCCAUAUGCUCAGAUGCCUUCUCAGACACCCACUCCUCAGCCAGGGCAGGUGCACACUGGAAUUCCUAGUCUACCGCAUGGCCGAUAUAUCUCUUUUUUGGGAAUCUAUCAAAAUAUUGCUAACCCAUAUGCUCAGAUGCCUUCUCAGACACCCACUCCUCAGCCAGGGCAGGUGCACACUGGAAUUCCUAGUUUACCUCCAAAUAUCCUCGCAUUAUUACAACAGUCGCAGGGUCAGCAUGGUCAAGGCAGUGCCCCCCAACAAAUGCAAUCGCAAUAUGGAAUGCCUCCUCCGCCACCUCAAUCAAUGAUGUCCCCACCUACUGAAACCCGACAACUUUGUCCCACCAACUGCUAA